GUCUCGCUUUGGUCCACCCGGCUACCAAGUUGUGGAUUUUAUGGAGACACGCGACCCGUAUAGAUUGACACACGUUAUUCCCUUCGGUGUCGAUUUUUCCAGCUAGUACACACAAUAAAAGCUUGUGUGUUGUAACUCAACCGAAGAGUUUGAUUAAUUGCGUUCAGUGAACUUUGUUUAAGGAACUAUUGUGCGUGAAAUAACGGAAUAUCGAGAGCGUUAUGCCUCAAGAAGUGUUUAAAAGUUGAUUAUCAGUUCAAUCAAGUGCCACAGAAUAAACAAAGUUGGUGACACUGCGACCCGCCUUGAUUUAGUCCAAGUUGUCUGACUUGAUGUGCCCAGAAGGACAAAAACAUAAAAGCUGAUGAAUCGAUGAAAGUAUUACAUGAAACUGGCUAAACAAUGAAACAGCUGAAGGAGUACGAGAAGAAAGUGAAAAACGAAACAUAAUUUUCGCGUCGAAAGUGACUACAAAAAAACCCUAACAAUAGUGAGACAAGUGAACCAUACCAAAAAUGGAUAACUCACGCAAACCGGAGAAGAAAAACCCGCGCAAGGGUGCCUUCUGUUUGUCGCAGCUUCUGUUCACCUGGCUGCUGCCACUGUUUUACAACGGCUGUCGGUGGGGUUUGAACAAGGACGAUCUCACCAAGUGCCUCAAGGGAGAUAAAUCGGAAGAUCUCGGAGACCGGCUGGAAGAAAAAUGGCAAAAGGAAAUCUCACGAGCCAGGAAAGAAAAUCGGCCACCUCGAUUACGGAACGCAUUGUUUCGUACCUUCUAUAAACAAUGCAUAUUCGAUGGGUUCCUAGUGUUCCUGUUCGUUCUGGUCAAGUCCAUAUUGCCAGUAGUAUUGGCGCAAUUGCUGAUUCAAUUCCAAACGCCUAACAACUCUACCAACGGCGGCGGUGGUUUGAUUAACAGUACUACAGCUCCACCCGAUGUUUUUCUAGCUACAACACUACAUUUUCUGCAUGAUCUGGAUAAAAAUGAAACGGAGCUGGAGCGCACGAGAAGAAGCGUCGAUGAUAGCAAAAGUAGUUCAAAUCGGAAUCAUCUUAAUAGGGAUGAUUACAGCGAUGAUGAUUACAGCAACAGUCGAGAUGAUGGGUACAUCGACCUUACGGACGAGGAAGGACCGACUCGAGUUCGCUCGUUAUCAAGCGUAGCUGACAUCAUCGAUUAUGCCUGGAACGAUGUGUACGGCCUGUCGAUAGUCCUGGUGGUGCUGACCUUGCUGGGUUGUUUCUUCAAUCACCAUUCGGAUCUGAGGCAACGGCUGGUCGGUGCAAGGAUGCGGAUCGCGUGCUGUUCGGUGAUCUACCGGAAGACAUUGCGAAUAUCCAAAAAGGCAGCCGGACAAACGCCGGCCGGUUAUCUGAUUAACCUGUUGUCCAACGACGUCAGCCGACUGGAUUAUGGUUUUAUCUUUUUGCACUACGUUUGGGUGCUGCCGUUCCAGGCAGUUUUUACGUGUUACCUUAUUUGGCGCAGUGUCCAAUGGGCAGCUGUUAUAGGUGUUGUUGGGUUGUUACUCAAAACAAUCCCAGUUCAAACUGGGCUUGGUCGGUUGCAGUCCGUGCUUCGAUUACGAGUGGCCAAACGAACCGAUCAACGAGUCGGCAUUAUGAAUGAGUUGAUCCAGGGCAUACAGGUGAUCAAGAUGUACGCCUGGGAGAAGCCUUUCCACUCUGUAGUUUCGCUAGCGCGUAAGAAGGAAGUCCAGCAGAUUCGAUGGGCCUCGUACAUUCGUGGCAUAUAUCUCAGUACGAUGAUGUUUACUGAGCGAUCCACGUUAUUCCUGGCGAUCGCUGCCUGCUUCUUCGAAGGUCGACCUAUCACUGCCGAUAUUGUGUUUCCGAUGGCACAGUUUUUCAACAUUCUACAGUUAACAGCAGCUAUAUUUUAUCCGCUUGCAAUUUCGCUUGGAGCCGAAGCCUUGGUAUCAAUUGACAGGGUUCAAGAAUUCCUUGCGAUGGAUGAACAGGAUACGAAUAUAGCUGGUUUACAUAAAAUCGAUCUAGAGAAUAUAAAAAAGAAGCCCUCUACUGCCGUGGAAUUGACAAAUAUUUCCGCUAGCUGGGAGAGCAAUAAGGAGAAAACUCUACAGGAAGUAACACUUAAGGCUGAAGCGGGUAAAUUACUGGCAGUUGUUGGACCAGUUGGAGCGGGUAAGAGUUCAUUACUUCAGUUGUUGCUGGGUGAGUUGCCGAUACUUAAGGGAGAAGCCGUCAUUAAUGGAGACGUUUCCUAUGGCUCCCAAGAACCUUGGCUAUUUACUGGAACCGUUCGGAAUAACAUUUUGUUUGGCUUGCCGUACGAUCGUAAACGUUAUCAGGAAGUGGUAGAGCAUUGUGCCUUAGUAACGGACUUUGAUCAACUUCUCGAAGGGGAUAAAACUGUAGUGGGCGAACGAGGGACCUCGCUUUCCGGUGGACAGCGAGCUCGAGUAAAUCUGGCACGAGCCGUUUAUAAGAAUGCUUCUAUUUACCUGUUGGACGAUCCGCUCAGCGCCGUGGAUACUCACGUGGGACGUCACCUGUUUGAUGAGGUAAUGGGACCGAAGGGCUAUCUAGCCAAGCAACAGGCAACGAGGAUUUUAGUGACUCAUCAGGUACAUUUUUUGAAGGAUGCUGACUGGAUUGUGAUACUUGAACAUGGAAAGAUUCUCAUGCAAGGUACAUAUCAAGAACUGUCGCAAAGUAAUCUAGAUUUCGGUAAACUACUGGGUUCAAAUGAAGAGAAAGUGGACACUGUAGACGAAGAAGAAACUGAGGAUUUGUUGGCAGAUGAAGAAAUUCCUUUCAUCGACGGUGCUAAGUCUGACAGCUACCAACUAAUGAAAAGUUCAGUAUCUAUUCCGGGACUUACGUCUAUAUCAUGUGCUGCCAGUAUCAGCGAACACCUUGGCCGAACCGCAGCCGAAGAUCAAGCAGAGGGUAGCCUUCCGCUGAAAGUUUGGACCACGUACUUUUUGGCCGGAGGAAAUGUAUUUCUGGUUCUAUUCACUUUCAUAACACUAGUAUUUACUCAAGUCGUUGUCAGUGGUUCUGAUUACUUUGUGACCUACUGGACCCGUCAGGAAGAGCGCCGUCUUCAAGAUAUUCCGGUGAACCAUUCUACCAGUGAUUACCUCGCUACAUAUGGAAUUUUCAUCAUUGCAGUAAUCUUCUUCACCAUAUUCCGUGGCUAUUUGUUCUUCAACAUCUGCAUGAAGGCAUCCAGAACAUUGCACGAUCGCAUGUUUGCCAAAAUACUCGCUGCCCCGAUGCGAUUUUUUGACAUAAAUCCAUCAGGCCGAAUCCUAAACCGAUUUUCCAAAGAUAUGGGGGCAAUCGAUGAACUACUACCGAAAGCAAUCAUGGAUGCUGUCCAAGUGCUGCUAGUCAUGGUCGGUAUUCUGGUGGUCAUUGCCAUCAUGAAUCCGAUCCUUUUGCUGGCGUUGCUGGCAGCUGUAGUACUGUUCGCGGGGGCACUGAAACUAUAUCUCAGACCGGCACAGGAUCUAAAACGUCUCGAAGGGAUUACUCGUAGUCCAGUAUUCUCACAUCUUUCGGCAACUCUGAGCGGUCUUUCAACAGUUCGAGCCAAUGCUGCCCAGCAGAAGAUCACUCAGGAAUUUGAUGCCCUGCAAAACGUACACUCGGCCGUGUGGCAGCUGACAAUGUGUAGUAAUGCCGCACUAGGUCUGUGGUUAGACUGCAUCAGCACUGGCUUCGUAGCUUGUGUCACGUUCAGUUUUAUUUUACUACAUGAAAGUGAGACCUACAGCGCAAACGUCGGUCUUGCCAUAUCGCAGGCGAUGAUCCUAACCGGAAUGGUUCAGUACGGUAUUCGCCAAACGGCCGAAUCCAUGCAACAGAUGACUGCGGUGGAAAGAGUAAUUCAGUAUACGGAAAUUCAAUCAGAACCGAACCCGCCCAAAAUCCCACCCGAAGAUUGGCCCUGGCGUGGUCAGCUAGAGUUCCGAAAUAUGUCCCUUCGAUACGACCCGGAUAGUGUUCCGGUACUGAAGAAUCUGAAUCUAACCAUAGCUCCCACCUGGAAGGUUGGCAUUGUAGGACGCACGGGGGCCGGUAAAUCCUCGCUGAUUGGUGCACUGUUUCGAUUGGCUCCGAUCGAAGGGAAAAUAUUAGUAGAUGGAAUUGAUACAGGAGUGGUAUCCUUGGAGUCACUGCGAUCGAAGAUUUCCAUCAUUCCACAAGAUCCGGUCCUGUUCAGUGCAACGAUUAGAUACAAUUUGGAUCCGUUCAAUCUAUAUGAUGACGACAGUCUGUGGAAAGCAAUAAAUGAGGUGGAGCUGCGCUCCGCAGUCAGCGGUUUAGACUACAUGGUCACCGAAAGUGGAACGAACUUCAGUGUUGGUCAACGUCAGCUGAUUUGUCUUGCGAGAGCCAUUUUAAGAAACAACAAGGUUUUGGUACUGGAUGAAGCUACCGCAAACGUAGAUCCCCAAACCGACGCCUUAAUUCAACGGACAAUCAGGGAAAAAUUCCAACAUUGCACAGUGCUCACUGUAGCCCAUCGUCUGCAUACUGUAAUGGAUUCCGAUCGAAUACUGGUGAUGGAUGCAGGUCAAGCACGAGAAUUUGAUGUUCCCCACCUUCUGCUGCAGCAAGAGGGAAGCGUACUGAGGGACAUGGUUGAAGCAACAGGAUCAUCUGAAACUGAAUCUCUCAAACGGGUUGCUGCGGAAACUUACGCCCGAAUGGAUCCCAACCGGCAUCUUCUCAGCAACCUGCCGAAUCCUUGACAUUUUAGCAAUGGUGGCCAGUAAUACUUAGUUUUGUUCAAAAUCUGCCAAAUUUUUGUCGUUCAAUGAGAGACUACCAUCAGUUUUUAUGAUGGAACUUAAGCAGAGUUAUGCCUACUAGCAUAUAGCUUGUUUGAACGACAGAAAAUGAUAGGUUCUCCAGUUUAUGUUUAAGUAUAAGAUUUCAGAAGCGAUACAAUAUAAAAAAACAAUAUUUACAA